AUGGCGGCUGCAUCCGUGGGCAGUUCGAUCAGCGAUGAGAGCGCCAUGAGCUUGAACGAAGCGCAGCUCAUCCUUGAGGACAUCGCGCGCGAGUACUCGGCGAAGCGCGCCGUGGGUCUCGUGCCCUCCAAGCCCGUGCCGGCGCGGGCGCUGCUCUGGGAAGAGAUGGCCCGCAGCAAGAGCAAGACGGGCGCUCGGAAGGGGUGCCUCUUUGGCCGCGACACAGACCACAAGUGCGACUGCGUCUCGUACGUCCCGUCGUAUGUGGACAAGGAGUCGAUUGUUUGCUCGGGCUGUGGUCAUGGCGCGCCGUGGCACAAGAUUGUGGGCGGCGAGCGCGUCACCAUGUCCAUUGUGGAGAGCAUGAACCACGACGAGAACCACAGCGAGCUCUACAGUCUCUAUAGCGAGUACGGCUCCGAGUACUAUGGCUCCGAGUGCGACGACGAUGACGACGAGGACGAUGAGGACGACGACGACGACAUCAACAACGAGAUUGCGCGCCCACUCCAGGCGCUGCCGCCACAGCCCGCGUCGCACCGCGGCUCCCGCACUUCGAUCCAGUCGCGAGCAACGUCGUCGUCGUUUGGCAUGGGCUCGACAAGCUUUGGCCGGAGCAACCUCCGAUCGGGUGGCGCCAACCUCGGCUCGAUCCUUCAAACCGUCAACCAGAUGCAACGCGACGGGCUCACGGAGGACGAGAUCGAGGCCGCGCUGCGCGUCCACCAAGUCGCGUCCAGCAACGACUCGUCCGUGCUCUACUCCAACAUCUCGACUUUGUAA